UCACCUUCUGUCUGCAGCAGUUCAGCGGCAAACAGCACUGGAGACAAUGGAGACAUUCUGCUUCUUCCGCGGUUAAAACCAUUUCCUUGAUCCCCAUUUCUUUCGAACGAACGCUCUGAGGAUGAACCCCCCGGGCGGAAUUUUCGUGUCGGUGUUUCUCUUCGCUGCUGAGAUGGUCGCAGCCUUGUAUCUGAGCAGCACCUACAGAUCGGCCGGGGACAGAAUAUGGCAGGGGCUCACUCUUAUCUUCGCCCUGGUGCCAUCGAUCCUGGUCCAGUUCACGCUAACCUUCGUCCAUCGGGAUGUGAGUAGGGAUCGACCGCUGGUGCUCUUUCUUCACCUGCUACAACUGGGACCUUUCGUCAGAUGUCUUGAAGCUUUUUGCAUCUACCUAAAUGUCGGUAAAGUCGAAGAAUCUUACGUCAGUAUUACCAAAAAGAAACAGAUGAAGAAAAAUGGCUCUCCUGAAGAAAUCGAGAAAGAAGUGGGCCAAGCUGAAGGCAGACUGUUCACACACAGAGCUGCCUUUAACCGGACAUCAGUGAUACAGGCUUUCAUAGGCUCUGCACCUCAACUUACUCUUCAGCUGUAUGUUAGCAUAAAGCAACAGAUAGUAACUCCUGGGAGAGGAUAAUACAGGCAACAAUAACUUCAGGAAAAGCAAAUUAUUUUAGAUGCUGGAAAUCUGAAAUUAAAACAGAAGAUGCGGGAUCUACUCGGCUGAGGAAAGAGCAUCUGCAGAGAAAGAAACAGGGUUUAUUUUUCAGGUUUGUUACUUCAUCAGAACGGGAAGAAGUUGGAGAUGAGAGAAAUUGCACAAAAACAAGUCACCCAAUCUGCAACAGAAAAUGCUCAAACCAUUCAUUAGGUCUAUGGAGGGAGAAGCAGGGUCAGUUUUUGAGGUCAAAGACCUCUUGUUACUAAUCUGUCACUCAGUCAGCGUUUGGCUUCCCCAUUGGAGAUGAGACCACAUUGUGAGCAGCAAAUGCUAAACUGGAAGAAGAGUAAGUGAAUUCUGGUUUCACCAGGACAGUUCGAAGAGAGGAGGUAAAGGACAGAGUAUGCAACUCACAUAGUUACUCCGAAGUAUCUUAUGAAGAUAAUAUGUGACUCUUACUUUCCGGUCUCAGAAGCAUUAGCUAAAGCAAGAUGACCAAUUGCAUGUUUAGAUGAUUGACAUUAAAUUGAUAUAGCUGGUAACAAGGACAGAGAAUGAAGACAUGCCAUUUUUUCAUUUAACUUUCCAAGCCACCUGCUCAGACACUGAAACCGGACAAAUUUUACAGAGUAGCUCAGAGUUGGGAUCCCUGCACGGUCUCACUAUUUAGGCUACUCUCAACAACUGCAGUAGUCACAAAGCAUGUGUCCUUUCAGAAGCCUGUUGUGUCAUUAAAACCUGCAGCAUAGAGGUCUGUUUAGGCUUGAAAUUAUAACCCAGCCCAACCCAAGAAAGCUCUAAGAAUGAACUUUUUUGGAUACACAAUGGGGCCCAACCUGAAGCCAGCAUAUGCAGCUGGGUCCCGUUAGGUUUGGACAGAGUUUCAGCCUCUACUGUAGGGUAAUUUGAGCUGGACCAGGAACUCAAAAAACCAGAACUCCAUGAAAUAUCAAAGCAAAUUCUGAUGAAGGAUUUUUGACCUCAAAUGUUAACUCUGUUUCUCUUUCCACAGAUUCUCCUGACCUGUUUACUGCUUCCAGCAUUUUCUGUUUUUAUUUCAGGUUUCCAGCAUCUGUAGUUUAUUGAAUUUCAAUUACUUAUAGAUUGACAGGGCCCACACACCCAUCAGCAGCUUGCUUCAGGUAUGUAAAUCACAUCAAAUUUAUGGUAGUCUUCACCCUGGAUGCUCUAUGCUUUGUACUUUCAGCCCUGAGUCUGAAUGCUGAAGUGAAACCCAGAGAAAAAUCCAUCAUUGAAGAUGCUAAUAACUGAAUUCUACCACAAUAGGGAUGUAGUAAUAUUCCCCAAUGGAAAAAGGUGCUUGCCAGGUAGCAACACUUGCCAGGUAGGACCUGCUGGGCCAGGCAACCUAUUAUUGAUGAUGUAAGUGAACUGAGAAAUGGACACUGAGCAAAUUAUGAUUUUAUUAUAAGGAGAAGCCAGGACAGGAACAUGACACUUAAAAAUAGGCUGCAUUUUUAACAAAAUUAAUACAUUGCUUUUGAAAAGCAAGAACAAAUGGAUUGUUGCAAUGAAAAAAGUGGUAUUGUAAACAGCUUUUCAUGAGUUUUAUUUGGCCAGUUCUGGUCAUUGUGCAGUAGGAAGGAAGUAGUGGCUCUGGAGAGGAUACAGAAAAUGUUCAGUGGAAUAGUCCCAAGAAUGAUACUGUAAGUCACGUGCUCAUAGUGGAGAGGCUGGGAUUGUUCUCCUAGGUAUACAAAAAUAGUGACGUGAUUUUAUAGUGGUGUUCAAAAUCAUGAAAACUCCUAAUAAAUAGAACAAAAAUAUAAAUGUUCUCAUUGGCAGAAAUAGAGAAUUAACAAAAAAAAAGUCAUGGUGGUUUGAGGGAAGGCUUUAUCCCAUUGCAGGGAGUCAUGAAAUAGUGGGAUGAUACAUUAUAGUUGUUGAGAUGAUAUUUUGCUGUUGUUCAAGACGCUGGCGAGACCACAUUUGGAAUACUGUGUUCAGUUUUCGCUGCCAUGUUACAGGAAAGAUAUCAUUAAGCUGGCAAGAGUGCUGAGGAGAUUUACAUGUAUGAGGAUGUUGUUUGAACUUGAUGAACUGAAUUACAGAGAGAGGUUGAGCAAGUUGGGACGUUUUUCAUUGGGGUGUUUGAGAAUGAGGGUGAUCGCAUAGAGGUGCAUACAGUAAAACUAUGAGGAGCUUAGUGAAUGCACAUAGUCUUUUAUUUAGGCUUGGAGAAUCAAAACAAUAGAAGCUGUCAGUUUAAGGUGAGAAGGAAUUUAUUUAAUCGGAACCUGAGAGGCGGUGUUUCCACCCAGAGGGUGGUCUGUAUGUGGAUGAGACAGGCAUUAACAGCAUUUAAAAGAUAUUUGGACAGAUAUGUGGAGAGGAAAUGUUUAGAGGGAUUUUGGCCAAACAACAGGCAAAUAGAACAAGCUUAGAUGUGAAUCUUGAUUAGCAUGGACCAGUCAGGACCGACUGCUGCGCCACAUGACUCUGUGACUGUAUGACUCUAUGGAGCAGUCAGAACAAAGGACCUGUUACUGUGCUGACUGUAUGACUCUAUGAUCUGGAACUCACUGCCUGAACAGACGAUGGACACAGAAAAGAAUUGAUUAAUACUUAAUGGAGAAGAAGGUUAUAGGGACUGAGCUGGGGAAUGGGACUGACUGGAUUGGUCUGGCAGAGGGAUGAUGUAGCCUUGCUGGAACAAAUAGUUUCCUCUGUAGUGCUUCAAGGCUCAUACAAUUCUAUAUUCGUGAUCCUAGUAGCCUCCUUUAUUGGGAGCAGUUCUUUUGUGGGCCACUUUGAAGAAACUAAAAAAUAUAUAUUAAAGCAGAACUUUGAAUUCUUAAUGAUGAUUUUGUUCUGCUAUUUUGAAAUUUAGUUAUUAGAUUGAUCUUGGAGCAGGUUAAAAGUUCGGCACAACACUGUGGGCCAAAUUGCCUGUCCAGUGCAUACUGUUCCAUGUUCUAAUUAAAGUGUAACCAGCAAAUCAAACAAAGGUAAGUUACAAAUUGGGUCAUCAUUCUACUCCUCGUCUCCUAUGUCUAUUCCUUGUACGUUUUAAUUCUUUGGUGGGUGAAAUUCUGUGAUGAUUCUUAUGACUGUCCAUCAGAGCUACAGAUGCAGUGCAAAAUUCUCAGAAAUAAACUGAGUAUGGUUAGGCCUAACGUUCCAGUGGAAAAAAAAAUAUGCGAUUUUACCUCUGAAUGCCUUUUUAAUCUGGUGCCUUUUUUUUUUAAAUGUAGAUUAUUCAUUGUAUUUCUUGCAUCAAUGCACACUGUUGUUACCUCAAGAACUCUAUGAAAUUUGACAGAUAAGACUUUCGUACAUUUACCUGAAAAUUGAUUCUUGUAAUCCUUGUAAAUUGGUGCUCUGCCUGCUAGCAUGAUGUCAAUGUUGUGUGUCCUCUUUCACUUUUAGGAGUAUUAAUGGUUAUUUCUCUGCUCACCAUUGUGUAUGGAGCCUUGCGGUGCAAUAUCCUUGCUAUCAAAAUCAAGUAUGAUGAAUAUGAGGUGCAUAUGAAGCCUGCAGCCUAUGUUUGCAUAUUCUUGUGG